AUGUCUUCAUUUCCCUCAGCUCUCGUCUGGAUAACUUCCCGACCUGCAGCAGCCAAUCAGAUCCCUCCUGCAUGUGUUGACAGGCUAACAGAAGUACGAGGCUUCACUGACGCCCAGAAGGAGGAGUACUUCAGGAGAAGAGUCAGUGAUAAAGAGCAGUCCAGCACAAUCAUCUCACACAUCAAGACAUCCAGGAGCCUCCACAUCAUGUGUCUAAUCCCAGUCUUCUGCUGGAUCACUGCUACAGUUCUGGACCACAUGUUGACUACAGACCAGAGAGGAGAGCUGCCCAAGACCCUGACUGACAUGUACUCACACUUCCUGUUGGUUCAGACAAAGAGGAAGAAGCAGAAGUAUGGUGAGGGACAUGAGACGAGUCCACAGGAGCUGACGAGGGCUGACAGGGAAGUUCUUCUGAAGCUGGGGAGGCUGGCGUUUGAACAUCUGGAGAAAGGAAACAUCAUGUUCUACCAAGAAGACCUGGAGCGGUGUGGUCUUGAUGUCACAGAGGCCUCGGUGUACUCAGGAGUUUGUACAGAGAUCUUCAAAAGAGAGUGUGUGAUCUUCCAGAAAACAGUCUACUGCUUUGUUCAUCUGAGCAUUCAGGAGUUUCUGGCUGCAGUCUACAUGUUCCACUGUUACACAAACAGCAACACAGAGGUACUGGAGGCCUUCCUGGGAGAAGACUACAAGCACAGAGAGUCAGACCCAAAGUCUUUUCUCAAGAACAUCUCUAAGCAUUUUGGAAACAAUGCUAGUCGUGGCCCAUCUCUGGAUGUCUUCCUGAAGAGAGCCAUGGAGAAAUCCCUUGAAAGUAAAAGUGGCCACCUGGACCUGUUUGUUCGCUUCCUUCAUGGCCUCUCUCUGAAGUCCAACCAGAGACUCUUAGGAGGUCUGCUGGGUCAGACAAAGAGCAGUUCAGGAAGCAUCCAGAGAGCCAUCAACAACCUGAAGGAGAUGAACAGAAAAAAUAUCUCUCCUGAAAGAAGCAUCAACAUCUUCCACUGUCUGACGGAGAUGAACGACCACUCGGUACAUCAGGAGAUCCAAGAGUUCCUGAAGUCAGAGAACAGAUCAGAGAAGAAACUCUCAGAGAUCCACUGCUCAGCUCUGGCCUACAUGCUGCAGAUGUCAGAGGAGGUUCUGGAUGAGUUGGACCUGAAGAAGUACAACACAACACCAGAGGGACAACUGAGACUGAUUCCAGCUGUGAGGAACUGCAGAAAAGCUCAACUUUCUGACUGUGGACUCUCAGAUACUCAGUGUGACGUUGUGGCCUCAGCUCUGAAGUCAAACCCAUCCCAUCUGAGAGAGCUGGACCUGAGUGACAACAACCUUAAGGAUUCAGGAGUGAAGCUGCUGUCUGCUGGACUGGAGAGUCCAAACUGUAGACUGGAGACUCUGAGAUUGAUGAGCUGCAGGUUGACAGAGAUCAGCUGUGCUUCUCUGGCCUCAGCUCUGAAGUCCAACCCCUCCCAUCUGAGAGAGCUGGAGCUGAGUAACAACAACCUGCAGGAGUCAGGAGUGAAUCUGCUGUCUGAUCUUGUGAAGAUUCCACACUGUAGACUGGAGACUCUGAGAUUGAGGGGCUGCAGGUUGUCAGAGAUCAGCUGUGCUUCUCUGGCCUCAGCUCUGAAGUCCAACCCCUCCCAUCUGAGAGAGCUGGAUCUGAGUAACAACAAGCUGCAGGAUUCAGGAGUGAAGCAGCUGUCUGAUCUUGUGAAGAGUCCACACUGUAGACUGGAGACUCUGAGAUUGAGUUACUGCAGUUUGUCAGAGAUCAGCUGUGCUUCUCUGGCCUCAGCUCUGAAGUCCAACCCCUCCCAUCUGAGAGAGCUAGAGCUGAGUAACAACAACCUGCAGGAUUCAGGAGUGAAACUGCUGUCUGAUCUUGUGAAGAUUCCACACUGUAGACUGGAGACUCUGGGAUUGAGG